AUGUCAUCAAAUUCUCCUUCAAAUGAAUUUGAAGGAGGUCCUUCCGUAGUUGAACUAUUCUAUUCCGCAAAGAAACUACUUUCCUUACAAACCAGAGUUGAGAAUAGACAGUUACGAAAACAAAACUCCAGAAGUCAAUUAAAUCAUCUCAUUUAUGAACAAGAGCAACUUCCAUUAUCAUCAUCGUCAGAUUCCCAAGUUAUGGAUGAUGAUAGAAUGGAUAUUGAUCAAGCACAAGGAGUUCAACCUCAAAAGAGUCAUGAUAAAGUAUUGGAUUUGUUAAGUCCAUUGUCGAUUGAUGAUUUAAAGAAUUCUCCAUAUAUCCCAACUAAUAAAUCUUCAAAUACAACCACAAUUACCACAACUACUAAAUCAAGUCCCCUUAGUAAUAAUAAUAUCAUAUCUGCAUCAUCCAUCAAUCAUAACAGUAAUACCGGUAAGAAAAAUCAUAAUAAUUCUCAAAUGAAUACUCCUGCUUCUUUAAAUGAUGAUUCAUCUCCAAAUUCAAUGGUACUUUCAAGUCAAUCAAGUUCAAGACAUAAUAGUGAUACCAAUAGUAAUGCUACUAGUACAACUAGUACUGCCAGUAAUAAUAAUAUUACUAGUCAACCAACCACCACAUCAACUAGUCCUGUAACGAAAGCUACCAAUACUUCCAAUCCAUCAUCAUUUACUAAAACUUCAUCAUCACCCCCAAAAUCGAAUUUAACUUCGUCCUUAACUAAAUUAAAAAUCGAACCAAAUGAAAGAAGUAGUCUAUCUUCAUCACCUAUAAAUACCCCUUCCAAUAAUACCCCAUCAUCGAACAACAAUACCAGUGCUACCAAAACUAAAUGUUUCAAUUGUAAUACUUUAAAUACACCACUUUGGAGAAAAGAUCCUCUGGGAAAUACAUUAUGUAAUGCAUGUGGAUUAUUUUUAAAAUUACAUGGUACAACCCGUCCGUUAAGUUUAAAGACUGAUGUCAUUAAAAAGAGAUCAUCCAGAAGAUCAUCAACUGCGAUUGUUCAACCUACCUCCAUACCUAAUUCAUCUAAUGCAAAUAAUAAUGGGAAAUUAUCAUCAUCACCAUCUUUCAUUCAAAGUUCAAAUUCUUUACCUUAUAAUAAUGGAAGUUAUGGAGGGAUUAAUGGAAAGAUUAAAUUCAAUGCCAAUUAUAAUGGUGGUGGUAUACCGAUUAUGAAAUCUAAUACCAUCAAUAAUGGAUCGUUAGGAAAUUCUAAUAAUUCAAAUAAUAAUAAUAAUAAUACUGCUUCAUAUAUAUCCUCAUCAGCUUCAUCUACUUCGCUUAAUAAUAAUCGUCAGCAUAAGAAUAUUUUAAUUUUACCAAAACCUUCAUCAUCAUCAUCUCAACCAAGUUCAACUCCUGCAUCAAGUACACAAAAAUCAAUUCCAAUCCCAAGUAAUCAUUCUAAUAAUUCUUCUAAUAUGAAUAGUCCUGCUUCACCAUAUUCGAAAUUAAUCUUACCUUCAUCAUCUGUGAAUAAUAAUAAUAACAAUCAACAAUUCAAGAGAAAGAAGUCUGAUAUUAAUCUUGUCGAUAAUUAUUACGGUGAUAAUUCAUCUUUCAAUAAUAACACUAAUAGUAGAAGAAUAUCAACAUCGAAUAGUUUUUCGAAUAGUUUUAAUAAUAAUGGAUCAUUAAUGUUUGCCAAGAGGAAUUCUCUGGUGAAUCAAUCACAAGGUCCAGCCCAACAGACUUCAUUAUUAUCGAAUUCUUUCCAAUCAACUUCAUUAAAUCGUAAACCAUCCAUCAUCAACAUCAACAAUAAUUCAAAUAAUAACAAGAGUAGAGGUUCAAGAAGUGAUAGUAUAAGCUCUGCUUCCAAUUCGUUAACUUUCUCCAAUAUCAAUCUCCUUAAUCAAAGAUUCAAUAAUAUGUCGAAUAAUAAUUCUUAUUUCGAUCAACCUUCUUCUCUCCAACAUCAAAAUAACGUGGCUCCAUCCAUAUCAAGACAUAAUAGUACCACCAGUACCUUCCUUAUGAAUAAUAAUGGUAAUGGAUCACCUAUCCCAAUAAGACAUGCAUCCGCCACGUCCUUAUCUCAAUUCAAUCAUAGUAGUAGUCAUCAUAGUCAUCAAAAUGAAUUCAGACUGAGACAUAAUACGAUCAGUAAUAAUAGUUCGAAUAAUGUUCAUCUGAUAAUUAAUGAGGAUGAUAUGAUUGAAAGUGCAAUGAGUAUGCCUGUUACUCCUAUGAAUGUGAUUGAUUUAUUACCUAGUAGUGUGAGAAGUACUAGUAGUUUAAGUCGGGGUAGGGAGAGAGAAAGAAAGAGGAAUUAUAAUGAUGAUGAUCAAAUCAUUGAUUUAUUAGAAGUGGAUGUGAUUAAUAAUGUUGGAGAUGGAGAUGAUGAUAAUGAUGAACGAGAUGAUUUUUAUUUCAAAGAUGGUCGAAAUCAAAUAAAGAAGGAGAAUCCAAUGAUGAUGUUGAAAUCUAGUUUGACGGAUGGAUUAAUGAAGAGUCAAGGGAAUACUCAUCAACAACAACAAUCAUCACAAUCAAUGAAAGGAGAUGAUACGGCUAAGGAUUUAGAUUGGUUGAAAUUUGAAAUUUAG